AACAAUCACAAAAUACCCCUUCAAACAAAGUCAAACGUAUUCUUGGAGCCUGAAAUUUCGACUGCCGCUCUUUCUACAAUGACAACCUUACAACACAUCAGUCCUUCGAAAAUGGAAUCGCGACCCUCCCCGCACUUGUUCGACUUACCCCACGACAUCUUCGUACAGAUACAGCAGGUCAUACUCAGCACAUGUACAUUCUCAGAAUGGGUGCAACUCGGGCUCGUCUCAAAAGCGUGGCGGCAAUGGACAAACGAAGCGUUCGGUGACUGGCUGGAGGGCAGAGGAUCAUGUAACGGGGUAAACGCCAUAUUUCCCGGGACGCGCGAGGAAUUGCAGUUCGUGAAGGACCAUGUAAAAGAUCUCACGCAGCGUUCCGUGUCAGUGCGCUACUCGAUCAAUUCUUCAGAGAAGAAGUGGUGGUUCUCCUCUCAAAAAGUGCACCUCCCCGCCGCCGGGGUGAAAUACGAAAGCUUGGAAUAUGUGCCGGGAACCGGUCUUCAGCUGCAGUGGAGACCCUCGUACAAGGACUCGGCCAGCGAGAUCGUCGUGGGCACUCAUCUAGACCCAGAGCAUUUCAAGGUCAUUGUGCAGCGCAUGCUCCCGGAGUUCAGAUCCCCUACCAAGGAAACUUGCUCCGGCAGGAUUUGGAAGAACUCAAAGGACGCCAGUGACGCGCUGUGUAGAGGCGCGUUUAGAAAUGUCCCCGGUUGCGCUUGUUUUGUGGGGCCUGAGAUUCCUUGCUCGCGCUGCGCUGUUGAGAGUAGGCAGGAUUGGUAUGUGAAGAGUUGGGGUUGGGGGUUUGUGAUGCAACGGUGGGAGUUGGAGCAAUACGAGCUUUGGGUCUAG